GACGGCGAAUUGUGGCGAAAAAUUAAAUCAAUAAAUUCGCUGCUGCCGGUGUUCCCUUUUUUCUCCAUCAAUUUUCCACUUUUCACGCAAAUUCCAGAGUUAUUGCGAAUCAGUGUUGAGUGAAGGUGUUAGCAGGCAUUCCCAGGGAGUGUAUUCCCGACACUUUUGCUGGCUAUUCAUCCCAGAAAUGGGUGAAAAGUGUGGUAAAGUGUAGGAAUGAUCAUCCAGCGACUUUUCACCUAAAAAAAUCAAGCUGGAGUACCUCGAAAUGCAGACAUUGCGUAAGAAAACAAGUCCCUGUAAAUACCGCAACGAUCCGGGAAGGUUCUUCGGGGAUGGAGUGACUUUUAAGGCUAAAUUGAUUGGGAUUCUCGAGGUUGGUGAGGCUCGUGGGGACCGGAUGUGCCAGGAGGCUCUCCAGGACCUUAAAAUGGCCAUUCGUGCGGCCGGAGAGCAUAAACAACGCAUCACAAUCCAUGUGACCAUCGACGGUUUGAGAUUGCGUGAUGAGAAGACAGGAGAUUCCCUCUAUCACCAUCCCGUCCACAAGAUUUCUUUCAUAGCCCAAGAUAUGACGGAUUCCCGGGCUUUUGGCUACAUUUUCGGCUCUCCGGACAGUGGCCAUCGGUUUUUUGGGAUCAAGACGGACAAGGCAGCUAGUCAGGUGGUGUUGGCCAUGAGGGACUUGUUUCAGGUGGUGUUUGAACUGAAGAAAAAGGAAAUUGAACUGGCCAGGCAGAAUAUCCAAAGCAAAACUAUCCAUGAGCAUCAUCCAAUUACGCUCAGUCGCACUCUGGAUACCAGCAACUACAGCAAGAGCCAUGAGAUGGCCAGUAUGGCCAGCAAGACAGUCAGCAGGUCAGAGCUUUCGCCAGAAUCAGUUGCUGAUUUGGUGGACUUGGAGCAAGAGCUGAGCUCGAUUCAGCGUGGAAUUACUCAAAUGGAGAGAAUAACGCCAAAUGAGGUGCCAUCGAAGUCAUCUGUCGACAGCGAAGAUCCCUUUGGAGACUCUUUCACAAAGUUUCCGCAUCCGUCGUAUAAUUUGUUGCCACCACCGGAAUCUUCCCGUUCGCGCCACUCGAAACCCUUGAAGCCUCCCACGGAGGACAAGGGUGAAGAGAAGGCUCCGGCAAUGGUUCAGUCAGCUCCUCCGGGAGGUGCUGUCCCAGAGGAUUGGAUAAAUGCAGGAGAAGGUGAUGGGGUGUUUGAGAAGUCGAGGAAGGAGUCUGGUGGGAGUGAUGAUAGGCAAUUUGAGGAUUCAUUGAUUGCAUCCACAAGUGCUGGAAGUAAUCUUGGUGGUGCUGAUGCAUCUGCAUCGUCAAAAUAUGCUGAUGCAUUUACGGAUCUCGAUCCACUGGGCACAGGGAAGAUAAAGCCGUAUGUGGAUAAAAAGUACUUCUUUCAGGAUCUUAAGAAUCCGCCAAAGAAGGUGCUGCGAGAACUUUCGGGGCCGGAAGUUGGCUUUGCGGCGACUUUUUCGGGUGUGAGUGGAGAGGGAGAAGAGAAUAGGACACAUGAUAGUGGAAUAAGUGACAUUGAUCUGGCUAUGUUUGAAGGGAUGCAGAUGCCAGAGAGGAAGGAGGAUGGUAGUAGAAGUGUCGAAUGUGCUAAGACUGAAGAGGUGAAGGAAAUGAGUGAUCCAUUUGCCAAAGGUCACAUUGAUCCAUUUAUGGAUGAUGAGGACUUUGCCAAGGCAUCAAUUGAUCCCUUUGACUUUAGUUUUGGGGGGGAGAAGGAUCGUGGAUUUUCACCUAGGAAUCAAACAACAGUAUUGCCAGAUACCAAAAUUUCCACGGAUGAUAGCAGCAAGGUGGAGGAUGAAGCGAGAGAUAAUGUCUUCAAUGGACCACUUCAGGUGACUCUGCCGCCAGAAUGGCCAUCGUAUAUGGGUCAGAAGAAGCUGGAUAGGCAGAAUUCGGAUUCACCAACAGCUCUCUCGUCAUCGGCCAUCAUACGCAAUCGUCCGAGUGUCUUUAAGCAGAACACCGUGGAUGUGAUUAGUAGCAUAAGCUCGAAGAAAAUGAUGAAACCCCAUUUAUUUGGUCAGAAAUUUUCCAAGAGGGAUUCCAACAGUAUAAACAUGCGACGACUGCAGGAGUCAGAUUCAAUGAGUGAAAAUGAAACUGCUCCAGAACCACCACCUAGACCCGAUUCUUCUUCCCACGUUGAGCCACCACCAUUGCCGCCAAAGAAACAAUUUGGGGACAUUGUCAUUAGGCCCAGUACACGAUCUUCCGGCUAUGGGAGUCGUGGUGAUAGGUAUGACUAUGUACUGGCGAAGAUGUCAAAGAAUUCAACAUCUGACACAAAUGCUCCCCCUCUGCCACUGCCAUCUCGUCGAAUUGGACGCUCAGAUGCCAACUAUCCGGGUCCUGGGAGGCCGGAGAAGAAGGUAAAUGAUGAUGAGGAUUACCUAACCCCACUUUCGAAAAAUGACUUGCCGAUUCUGUUACCGCCGCCGACAAAGUCAGGGACAAAGUCACGUGGACGGAAAAUCGAAGUGGUGGAGAUUAGGAGUAGUCCCAAAAUGUCUAGGGCUCAGGAAACUCCUCCAGUUCUCCCGGACAUCACGCUGAGUCAACUCUUGACCCUGGGAAUUGAUGAACUCGCCACAAAACUCAAUGUCCCCGUGACUAAACUCAGCACAAUGACUCUCGUGGAAUUGACAACGUAUUUGUCGGAAUUCCUUGAGAAUGCAAAGAAAGCACCCCUGACAGCUCCUGAGGAGCCGGCUCCGCCUCCGCCAGCUCCAGCAGCAGCAAUUUUCAAAGUGAACUUCGACCAGAAGAACGAUGAUCAACUCUUCGUGGCCAAAUUCGAUGAUGAUGAUGAAAACUUUGGCGGUCAGACAUUUGUGGCCAAUUUCGAAGGGAUGGACAUUAAGGCACCUGAACCAAUUCUUCAAACAUCCUCCGUGGAUAGAUAUGCAGUUUUCCGAGAGAUCAUAGAGAAAGAAUUCAAGGAGGAUGUAAAUCAAGAGGAUCGCGAUGAUGAAGAUAAAUUUGAGGAUACUCUGGAGAGAAUUAGUCCAAUAGCAGCUGUAGGAAGUUCUCCGGAACUUGGACAGGAGACAAUAUUUCAGGCAGCUAAGAUCAAUUCGAAGAUCACUGAAGCUAUAGCACAGGCCAAAGAUCGAUAUGCAGCUCUAAGGGAUAUUAUCCUGGUGGAGGAUCUCUUUGAUAAAGCACCAUCUUCGACGACUAUUCUGACGUCCCAGGCUCCAGAAGGGGCGACAAAUGAAGCCAAGGAUAAUGAAGAAACUGAGGACCAAGAAGUAGAACCCAGAGAAUCUGAGGAGAAAGUCAAGGAAAUGUCCUUGCUGGACUCAACAACUCCUGCCAUGAGCACUAGUAGCCUCACAGGUGGUACCAAGGAUGAUAUUGAGAUUGAUGAACUGAUGAAUAGAGCCAUCUCAAAUCUAUCCCUCGACAGCCGAGAUCAUCUGUCACCGUCAAAAUCUCCCGUUGCUACAGCUCAGAAUGCUUCCACUUCUCCCAUUCGACUGCAACAGAAUACUCCACAGCCUUUAGCCAAGUCUCCUACCCUCACUCCAACACCCCAACCAACUGAAAGUGUCCAGGAUCAGGGGCAUGUCAAGACUACAGUUACUGACAUGUCCACCUCACCAAUUCCUAUCCAGAAGUCUCCGGCGAGAUCGCCACUCUCGAAGUCACCCAUUGAUAAUCUAGUCAUGCAGCAAGGGACAACUUCCAAGUCUCCUACUAUUCCUCAGAACCAGGGUGUCAGCAAUAUUCUGGAAUCUCACAGGCAGGGUAAUUCUGGAUCUCUCAGUGAUGUCGUUUGUGGUUCUUCUCCGGACAUUGAUAAGAGUGAAGAUGCUCAAAAAGGAAAACCUGCUCCGGUUAAUAGCGAUUCCUGGGCAGUUUUCGAUGCGCCAUCUGAAGAGAAGGAGGCCCCAGUACGAAGUCCGCGAGAUCCUUCGAAGAACGGCGAGAGCCCUUGUUCGUCGGAUAAGGAUGACUGGAAGGGUGAAGGGGAUUUUGGUCGUCGUUGGCCUCCUCGUGGUCAUACAUCCUCGUCCUCUCGGGAUGUCAGUCCCUGGGAUGAAGAUGGUCCAGCUGACUACCGGCGACGUCCUCCAAUUGCCACUGAUCGCCAUGGGCACUACAUGCGCCACGGUCGGCGGAUGAAUUCGUGCGAUGAGGACUAUGAUUUUGGUUGUUGUUCUUGCACCAGGUACGAGAUGGAGUUCAACAAGAAGCGCGACAGACGCUCCAAGUUGCCCAUCACGCGCAGUCGUGAGACAUUUGAGGGGGGUGAUGGGGGUGCAUGGUAUCACAGUGGGGAUCCGCACAAUUGGUCUCCGGCUGAGGAGGAUGAUCGGCCGAGAUCGUUCGAAAGGACCUCUUACGAGAGAAGCACGUAUGGGCCGCCGUAUGAAAAGCGGGAACGCAAGGGUGGGGCAUAUCCGGGAAGGGGAUACGAUAAGAGAAAGUAUUUUGGGUCGUAUGGGAGAUCAGGGGGAGAUUAUGAGUUUGAGGGAUACGAUGAUGCCGAAGCUUAUGAGAUGGCCAGAAGUGGGACGGGUAAGGGAUCCAGGAAAGACUAUGUCGAUGUAUUCGAGGCAGGAAGUGCGGGGGGUGCUUUCGAGAGGAGCAGCAGCAGAGAUCGUAUCAAGCCCAGGGAAUACUACUACGAUCGCAAGAGCUUCGAUCGCGAAAGUGGAGAAUCCUACGACAGCGGUUGCGGCGGGAGGCUGAGUCAGCGAGAAUUCAGCAACCGUGAUGCAACUUAUGGAAGCUUGGAAAUGAUGAGGGAUGACUACAUUGAUCGAUCAAGGUAUAUUUCAACUGAGAAAACGAGAUCUCUGCGCAAAGGAAUUCGCCGGAGCACUGAGGAUGAUGGCUAUGAGCAGGACUCUGACGGUGAGAUGGGUUCUCGGCGUCCGGGAGACACACGGAGUCUCCAAAGGCCACCUCAGGGAUCGGGAAGACCACGCAAGAGCAGUGGUUCAUCUCCUUGGGAUGGGGAAGAUCUCACGCCAACUGGGCAGGCAUCCAAGGGCGGAACUGUGGCUGCCUGGAAGCGUCCAGCCAGUGCUAGUGAGUCCGAGAGACGUUUGGCUGAAAGUCGACGGAUGUUGAGUCAUGCAACGACGCUGUCAGGAUCGGAUGGGGAGAAGGAUAGGCGUUUCAGGAAGAAGACUCGUGUUAGGGGUAAAGAAUCAGAUCCAAGGGUCAAUUAUGCAAGUAUGAGGUAUGCCCAGGCGAGAAGUUGUGGAGGCAGAAGUGAUGAUUACUACGAUUUUGAUGAUGUGCAAUUGCCACCGAGAGGAGUUCCGGAAGUUAUCGAGGGAUCUUACUACAAUAUGACCAAGCAGCAGUUUUUCAAGAGCACCACUCCGAGAUCCGAGGGCAGGAGCAUGGGAGAGUCACUGAGGGCACAGCAGGAGAUGGAUACUAGGAGAUUCAAGAAGCAUUUGGGCAGGGAGGCGUACUUCGAGAUGGAGCAUCCGGGUGGGCAGAAAUUUGCGACUUUCGAUGAGGGGGCACUGAAGGCGGCAAAGGGGCACUUCAGGCGAGAAUUUGAUUUUGAGGAAUAUGAAGAUACACCCAGAAGUACGACAAGCAGCAAGUUCAAUUUUGACGAGGAGCAGGGCUUCGAAAGUGACUUCAAUUCACCGUCAAAUGGGAAAUCUUAUCGAUUCUCGAAUGAUUUUUCUGAUCCCAAAGAGUCUCCGAGACCCCAUGCAGCACCAAAUUAUUCAUUUGAAUCGUCAGCAUCGAAUUCAACGAAAUUGCGCUUCGAUGAAAAGGUCCAACAUAUGUUUGAAGAUGACUUCAGCAAGGCUGAGUUGAGUGUUGAGAAUGAAGAUCAAUGGAGUGCAGAGUUACCGAAGAAGUCUCUAAAGGUCACAACAAGUCGGAAUUAUGAUCAUUUGAAGAAGUCUGAAUCGGUGAAUAUUUUUGCAAAGAAAACCGAAGAUCCAUUUGAGGAUGAUGAUUUCUUCAAGAGUGCUGAGAAUAGUGAGACGAAGAAGAAGGAUAAUUACAAGUGGGAGAAGAAUUUUGCAAAUUUUGAUGACAAUAUCUGAUGCAGAAGAAGUUGGAUUCAUCGGGAGGGCAAAAAGAUGCGCACCAGCUUGAAGAUAAUGCAGAAAAUCUUAACAAUUAAAUACACACUGGACAGCAUUUUGCGUCACAAAGUCAAGUACAGAAUUUUGUAAGUAACAAAAAAAAGUAAGAACAAUUUUAACAUGUCAUAAAACAAUUCUUGGUAUAGAGAAAAAAAUAAUUCCAGCAAUAUUUCAAUGCAACAUUUAAAAAGAAAAGUAAACGCUACUUUUUCUCCAUUGCCGAUAUUAAUUUUAGAAGGAAUUAAGAGUGGAAUUUGGGAAGUUCUUAACCUUUUUUACUUCAAAUUUUGCAGGUUGAAUUUAUUAGUUUUUUUUUCAGAACAUUUCUCUUAAAAAUAACUUUAGGCCACGCCCCCUUUAGGAGUUAUGUUAAAGAUUGAGUUCAAAAUUUACAAUCUCGCUUCUUUGUUUUUAGAAUUCGGUUUUUAUACUGGCAAUUUGACUUUAACUCUUUCCGGACCGCAGCAUAUGCUGCAAACCAAUUUCAAAAUUUUUUAAUCAAAAAUAUCUAAGCUCAGGAAUUAAUUGAGGUCCUACAAAAAAUAUCUUCCAUUUGGACAUCCUUAUUGUUUGUAAUCAUCCAAAAGAAUUGAAUUUUUCUCAGAUCUGAAUAAUUAAAAAACACUGUUUUUCACUGAAUAUUCAUAUGCUGCUUUGGGUACUCAGAGUCCCAAAAGAGACGAAAGAGUUAAGCAAGGAAAUUCUAAAGCCUGAAUCUUAGUUUUCUGGAGUUUUCAAAAAAGGGCGUAUUCUAAAACCAUUGGGCGGGGCUUAUUCAGAAUAUUAAAGAUUUUAUACCUGCAAAAUAUGAAUUAAAAAAAUAUAAGACAAUCCCUAAUAGGAAUCCCAUAAAAAGAAUAAUUAAAGAGAAAAGGAAGCUUUAUUUAGCAUUCAAUACUCGUGAUUUUGAAAAGGUUUUUAUUGCAUUUUUUUUUAAAAAUAAUUUUGUAAAGAAAUUUUUUUCUAAUCAAUCCUCGAAAACAACAGUGAUGUUAAAAGUAUAUAAGAAUUUUAUUUCGCUCCAUUUUUUGCCAUAAUUGCAAUAUUUAUUAAGUAUUUUACAUUUUUUUUUGUAAUAAAUUGCAUCCAAUAUCGAUUUUAUCAGUCGUGCUAUAUUCAUUUUAUUUCCCAUGUAAAUUAAAUAAAGUUUAAUAUGAUAUUUUAGAUAUAUUUGUAAAUAACAUUAUUGUGUAAAUUUGUGAGAAUAAAAUAAAACAAGGAUAGUAUACACGUUUCUAAAAUAAA